AUGGCGCGUUGGAUUUCUAACGCGGGACCCGCCGGCGUGCCGCUGACCCUGCAGACUAUUCGCGACCAUGUCGCGACCAUGGCGCGUCGCAUGGGUAUCCCGCCUACGUUCCGCUGCUCCAUUGGCUGGGUUCGCCGUGCAUUGAGGCGUCAGGGUGUGAGGUGCCGCGCCGCGGUCGGUGAGGCGGCCAGCGCAGACAUUACCGCCGUCCGCAACUGCCAGCAGAAACUUCCGCAACUGCUCAUGCAUCUCUCGGCCAGGCCGCGCGAUACUUACAACCUCGACGAGACGGCGCUGUGGUUGUCCGUGCUCCCGCGCAGGACCUACAGCAACGGUCGUCUUCCCGGCAAGAAGAUUUCGAAGGAACGGCUCACCGUCGCAUUCCUCGUCAAUGCCGACGGCAGUCACGCGUUCCGUCCGAUGGUCAUCUCGAAGGCUAAGCGCCCGCAUGACUUUCGGCCGGACUACGACCCCAACACGAUUUGCUACUGGCGUAACAACGCCAAGGGGUGGAUGACGGCGCCUCUAUUCACACAUUUCAUCGAGCAACUCAACGCGGCGAUGUAUGCGGAGGGCCGGCACAUCGUCAUCUUGCUCGACAACGCCAGAUCGCACAUGCUCAAGAGCGGGAUGGCUUGGAGCGAGGUCAUUCACGGCUUUCGCACGACCUGCAUGAGCAACGUCCGUCUCGUGUUUCUGCCGCCAAAUACCACGGCAUUCACCCAGCCCCUUGAUCAGGGGAUCAUUGCCACCGCCAAGGCGCGCUACCGCCAGCACUGGCUGCGGAAUUUCACGGCUCUGUGGGCGGCGGACGGCACAACAAGCGCAUCUGCGAAGUUCCGCCCGAAUCUCCGCGACGUCCUGGCGUGGCUGUCGGACGCAUGGACGAGCAUUGGGCCCCGCACCAUCCAGCGGUGCUGGUGGCGCACCGGAUGCCUCCCGCGUUCGUGGGCCAUGGAGCUCACGCAUGUUCACGACGGGGAUGGUGACGGUGGCGAAGGCGAACGUGACGGGACACGCCUGGAUCCCUUUCCCGAGAUCGACCUCGACGAGGAGAUCGGGGAUGUCGGGAUUCUCAUUUCCCGCCUCGGGCUCGGGCCCAGCGCUAUGCCCGCCGCUGAGUAUGUCGCCAUCGACGACGAUCAGCCGACCUGCGCUGAGACCGGCGAGGACCCGUUGGCGGGAGAGCCGGGUGCGGCCAUGGUGGCGGAACUUUGGGAGGCGCCGACCACUAUGCAAGCCGUGUACGAGGAUGGCGACCCCGUGAGCCGGGAAGCGCGGCGCACGGCACGGGCGGCGUGCGAAAUGCUUAUCGGAUAUGCGCGGGCCACUAGCAUCACGCCGCGCGACCUGUGCCACCUGUUCGACAUCCGCAAUCCGCUCAUCAUCGAGCGGAUGGAGCGGGCGAGCCCGCCCCUCAAUCUGAACGUGACCCCGCCCCCCGCAGCUACGCCGGGCGCAACCCCUACGCCCGACACCCCACGUCCGCGCGGCCGUGUGCUGCCUGGCUGGAUGACCCAGCCUUCCCGCUGGCAGCAGCUGCUGGACGCUGGCGUGACCGCCGUGAUGGGCGGAUACACUGACGCAUCAGAGUGGAUGCGUCGGUGA